GACUUUAACUCUUACCGUGACAUGCACUUUGCUACUUAUGAAAAGCCUGAAGAAGCGACACUAGCCGUAGAGUUUUGUACAGCUGAUGAGCUUGGUUACAGGGUUGAGCCCAAGAGGACACGACAGAUGUCACAGCAAGGAAGAGACUCCUCUCAUUUUAACUUCAGAAUAAAAAUAACUUGGCAUCGUCGCGAGCCUAAAGGAAUGGCAAAUGUGUCCUUCGAGAACCAACCCGAAGAAGUGUGGUACGAGAUUUCUUCGAUAUCCGAGCUUACAAUAAGAUCCAGAUCAGCUCGUGUUCGUAGAGACAAGCAUAGAGAGAMGACCCUUUUCCUCCACAGCCUUAGUACUAACACUACAAAGCAAGACAUCAGAGAAGCAGUGGAGACGUUUUUUCAUGGUUGUAUUACGAUAAGAGACCAACACAUUUUAAUCCAGUACAAACAGAGAGAAACAAUGGCCGAUACAGGGGCACAGAAGACAGUUUUAGAGAAAUUGAUAUCAAGAUAUGCAAGGCCAGGAAGUUUUGAGGUAACAGUGCUAGACGUACCAAAUAAAUCCCCUUUUGGUGUCGCCAAUGCUGAUUUCCUCAACCCAAACGAAGGCAUUCAGGUCGUUGGACGUCUCAGUGGAAAAAGAUGUUAUGGCCUAAACCGCCUUGAAAUGUGGGAGGUGUUCCUAGAAGUCAAGCCUUACUUGAAUUUCUUUGAUACCUGUAUGACAAGCGUCUACGACCUCGUCAAGGAUGAAGUCCAAAGCAAAAUCGAUGAAAUUGCAAAAGAAUGCGCUGAAAACUGCAAACACCAACUUCGAUUGAAAGAAAAGCCAGCAAAGUCCAAAGGACGGAUKGAAUUAUCAGUGGAUACGACGUGUUUGGAACACCAUUUGCAGGCGUCGAAAGAAAUAUCCAAGUGUAUCCAAGGUGAGAAGAUCGAAUGUUCUAAACCUUCGAUGUUUCUUCUCGGUAAAAGUGGUAGAGACCAUCUCAAGGAAAUUCAGAAACAAAGUGGGGCCUUCAUUUGUACUGAUGAAAGAACCAUGGCUAUAACCUUGUAUGGCACUAGCGAACAGAAAGAGAAAGCAAGAGACGCUGUSUAUCGUUUUAUCCAAGACCUCGCAUUGCAGGGAAGYACUGUUUGGGAAGUCAACUUAAAAGAGGACGGACGGCCUAGAGGUUUGAUGAAACAACUGAUGUCAAAAUAUGGUCGGGAAUUUGAAGGACUACUUGAAAUAGAAGGAGUCAACAAGGUGGAUAUAUACCUUUCUAAGCAAGUCUUGAAGGUCCAAAGUACACCUGACGCAAAAAGCCACGUCCUUCGUGUGAUCGAAGAAAUAGCAAAGACUAUAGCACCCCUUCAGCCAAAUACUGGAACKGAAAUUGAAGAGGAAGAGUGCCCUAUCUGUUUUUGUGCGAUAGACGACGAAACAACCUCAUACAGACUUGCCAUAUGUGGGCAUGCUUGCUGUAUGACUUGUAUAGAGCARCAAUUCAAUGCAGCGGUGUUUCCACUGUGUUGCACUCACGAAGACUGUCCGGAGAUGUUUGCUUUGGAUAUGAUCGAUCUUCUAACUCAAAAGAAGGAGCUGCAUGAUAAAGUCAUGAAGAUGUCUCUUAAGUCCUAUGUCGAUGCCAAUCAAGACAAGGCACGUUACUGUCCGACACCUGAUUGCCCAAUGGUCUAUCCCGUUACCACGAACGGGAAACUAUUUCGAUGCAGUGUGUGUUCUACUGCAAUCUGUUCUUCUUGUCACCAACCAUACCACCUUGGUCUUACAUGCAAAGAAAAUGAAAUCGACAAGACAGACCCGGGAAAAGCGUUGCUUGAGAAGUGGAUGAAUGAGAAACCUGGCAGAAGAAAGCGUUGUCCGUCGUGUAAUUCUCCUAUCGAGAAAAAUGGAGGGUGUAAUCAUAUGGAGUGUGUACACUGUAAAUCACACCUGUGUUGGCCAUGCAUGGAGGUUUUUUCCACCGGAGCUGMGGUUUACGCUCAUCAAGCGUUCUGCCCUAUACGGGUUGGAAACUAGGAGAUUGGUUGGAUUGACCUUCUUCCCGCGUGUUUUUGUGUCAGAUAGAAGAURCCACUAGCUUUAGCUUAUCAACGUAUCCGUUUUGGGGAGUGGAUGUACUGCAAGACUGGAUACUAUGGCAAUUAAUGUUUUCCCGCAUGUUUAGUUUUAAUCAUAAAAGAUUCUGCAAGUUGAACUUAUAUGCAUGAACGUUUUCCUCACCGUAUGGGAGCUGAUGAUCUUUAUAACAAUUACAAGGGUCAACCAUUUUGUCCCAUACGAGUUGGAGACUAGUAGACUGGAUGUUGCAGUAGUUUUUCCGUCGCGUUUCGUCGGCUUUCAUUGAURGCAGUUGAACUUAACUAAAGGAACUACCGACGUUAAAUGUAGAUACUUUACCUUUUUUCUCGCUUGUUUUAGACAAUGUGGCUAAUUCAUGGUUCCGAUUCCCUUGGUUACCGUUGCGAUGCCCUGCAAGCUUGACAAAUUAUUUAGAAUAUCUCAGAGUUUAAAAUAUUGAUCGCGGARUAUUGGCUAUAAUUGUUUCAAUUUAACAAAUUGAAGUCAGUUUUCUAUGGGUCUGUACUGUAAUCGAAAAUGAGAUGACGUCAAAAAUGAUGCAAACUGAAGUGGAACAAAAUUGAACAAAAAGACAAGUAAAUAGUUUGAAAAAGCCGAUUCAUCCGCUCGCUCAGUGCGCGCGUGACGGAUGUUGUAAGCACAAGCAGGCUUAGCCUCUAAUCGACAAUGGUUCUAUGCCAAUAAGCGCGCGAGGAAUUUCCAAGUUAUGGUAAAAUGAAAUUUUUCCCAUCGACCUGAUGUUUGAUUUACGUUCAUUAAUGCAUAGUUAAUAGAGCGGAAUAGUAUUUAUAUAUAUAUAAAGGGAUUGCUUCGCGUUUGAGGUUGAGCCGUAUCAUCACGUGAUACUGAACGKGCGCAAUGAACCGAAGUAAGUAUCGCUGAAAAUACUGGUUUCCUUAUCUUAUGUAUGAACAUUUUGAAAGUGAAAACUUUCAUUCGAUGACCACAAACUAAGCGGAUAAAUAAUUCCGCGCAGAUAAAGUUAAGUAACUACAUGAUAAAUAGGAAAGCAUGAAAAAGGUUGAUCUUUGUUCUAAUACACAAUUAAUUUUAAUCAUAUAGGAUUAAUUAACAAACAAUAACUAUCCUAAAGAAAUUUUUUUAGGGAAAGAAACUUCUAUGUUUCCGAAUACUGUGAACAAACGGAGCAACUUUUCCUUCUCUGUGCACGGUCACGUCAUAURACAAUGGAUAAAGUUGGACCAAAACCUAGAACAAUAGGUUUCCAAA